AAACCACAAGCGAACACAGCAAGUUAGAAUACGAAAAUUUUCUCAACAACAUUUGUAUGGAAUACGAUUCUGACCAGGAGGACAUUUGGGUAUUUGCAUUCGGUUCGUUGUUGUGGAAAGCCGACCUUGUACUGCCGUACUUGGAAAAACAGAAAGGUUUUGUAAAAGGGUUUCAGCGAAGGUUCUUUCGGAACAGCGUACUUCAUCGUGGAACCCCAGAGAAUCCCGGACGUGUUGUUACUUUGAUUUACUCCGAAAACCCAGAAUCUAAAGUGUACGGUGUGGGCUAUCGGAUCGCGGCCAAAGAUAAGCAGCAGGUACUGGAAAUGCUAAGAUGCCGUGAAACGGUCGGCUACGAACGCUACCGUGUGGAAUUUUAUAAUUAUCCUUCGGAUUCGCAACAACACAACGAUCCGCAGCCCAUUCAGCUGUUUGCGAAGGCCCAAUCUACUUUUGUUGGUAAGGACGAUACACUGGAAACGAUUGUUGAGCAGAUUCUUGGAGCCGUCGGGGAGAGUGGAACGAAUACCGCGUAUGUCUACAGGCUGGCCGAUACGAUGCGUCAACUGUUUCCAGGCGAACAGGACGACCAUUUGUUCGAUCUGGAAAAACUGCUUUUGAGUCGUGAUCCGAAGAUGAAGGAAUGCACCAAACAGUAA